AUGAGUUGUGUACUUGCCAUACUACUAGCCUCAGAAGCGCGCAUGAUCCUCACCGGUUUGCAACAUGCAAACUACUUUUAUGAUGCUUAUGAAUUUCCUAAAGAUAUAAAGUUCCCAAUGCCUAAGUCUCCUCACAGCUUACAUAUAUCUGCCAGCAAGAUAACCAAAUCUGGUACCAAUGUUGUUGCUUAUUGUUCCAUAAGUCACCAUUACGAUCAGAUCGUGGAGAUGAUCACAGAUGGACUACCUAGGGCAACAAAAAGUUUACAAAAUAAAUAUUUAAGCUAUACUUUAGAAGAAAGUGCAUGUUUGAGAUCCAUCACUGAAGGGGCACUUCUCAGAUCAGAUGCUACUCCAUUGUCGCAGCUCCAAAAAUAUCAAUGCACGCAUCAGCUUAUAGCUAGUAUGGCUUUCAAAGGAAUGAUUGGGGUAGAAGGAAAAUAUGCAUGUUUCGCUCCGCCAAUACAAAGUCAUACUGUCAAGAUCAAUGCCGAUAUACCACUGAAGAUUGAACAAUUUCUUGCUGGAGCUCAAUUACUUAAAGGGAGCAAAGCAAACUCAGACACACAAGCAAUGGUAUGGUUUCAAGGGAAUCUACAUUUAUUACGACAAACUAGAUCUGAUACUAACGGACAAAACUUAUGGAUUCCAAUUACUUCGAUUGGUAAAGAGUCCACUAAUGGGGCACUUAUAAUGAAUUUUAUUUACGACAACUUGCCUGGUAUUUAUGAGUUCACAAAAAUUAUGCAUGAUUUUGGGAUGCUCGAGAAAACUUUGAACGCGGCCCAUAUCCCAUCUGAUGAGAGAACCCCUCGAAUCUCUGAUGACAAAAUAUGCGCCAACAGUAACCCAGAAAAAUGUGGCGAGAAAAUUCCAAUCUCUGGACAAAAAUAUUCGAAAACUCAUUUUGGGAAGAUAGAUAAUUUUCCUACUUAUCUCAAUAGUCGCAUUAGUUCUCUAGGUCUACGCUGUGAAGUAAGAUUUGUACAUCGGACGGGAUUAUUUCGAAAAAAAAAUUGUAUAUUCAGCCCAAGAUAUGUUAGAAGAAGCAUCUUUCAGUCGCAGACUUGGAUUAACUCUUGGAAAAGUUAUAGACUACUUAAAGUACCACCACAGACUAACGCCAAAGUGGCUGCUGAUAGUUUCAUAGAGCUUAAUGCUGAAGGCACACUGUGUGGUCCAAUAGAGUAA